CGAUAUGCGCCGACGAUGCGUGUGCACCGUGAACGAUUGAUGGGCGAAUUGAUUGCGGUGUUGAAUCGCUUGCAAGUGGCCCAACGCAAUGCAGCAGCCAAGGAAAAGGAGUCCAUGAAAGUGGUAGCUGCGCAGGAUCAGCAAAGAUAUGAUAUCCUACUGUACACGGAUCCAGAUGCGCAAAAGCAAAAUUCAUUGCCUUAUUUCCUGAUGCCCAAACAUGCACGAUUUUGGUUUAAAACUGUUUGA